UUGUGUCAUAUAAAAUGUAAAAACAAAUGAGCACGGUCUUUUCAGGUCACCUACAUUUCACAGGGCUCUCCAAAAAUGUUUGCACAUCUGUUAACCAUAAAUAAAAAUCCUUAAAAUAAACUUGUUUUUGCUGCAGUAGCAUCAUGUCAUACUGAAAAUGUAUAUUUAUUCAGUGGUGAUAAAAUACCUUGCUAAACAAUAACUCUUUUUAACAAAACUGGCAGUAGCACACUUACUUUCACCAAUGAUAGUGAGGUUGUUUCAGAUCAGUUUACUGUCUAUUGCAGUAAAUUGAUAACAGUCAAAUGUGUAAUGCAAGAUGUUGCCUUAAUUAAGAAAAACAUUUCUCGGUAGUGAAUAAUGCCAGUGUUUGUUGAGAUUUGCAAUUUGAUGAAAAACUUGCUUUGUUUUUCUUCUUAUCUGUACACACAAAAAAACCUGCUCAAUCUUUUAUUUUUAGGGUGGAUUGAGUGAAAGCUUCACUACACAGUUUUCCCUUAGAAAAUUUCACGUACUUCUGAAGCUCGGCAAACCAAAUUUAUUCAGAAUAAAGAAAGGGUCGGAGGUUAAGCUUCUCUGCAUGGCAGGCGGAUUAUCUUCUUAUGUUUUGAGCAAUUACUCAAAUGAAACACCAGGCAUAUUCGUUGGUGUGACCUUAUCAGAAAAGUCACCUCUGAAUCUGACAUUUCUACCAUCUUUGUCAACUUCACAGAAACACUAAAGUGCCCUGCAAAAGUAUUCAUACCCAGCAGAUAUGUUUACGUUAUCCACACCACUUGGUGUGUUUUAUUAGCAUUUGAUGUCAUAGAUCAUCAGAACGUAGCAUAUGAUUGUGAUGUUGGGCAAAAAUGAUGCAUUUUCUUUUCUCUACUACCCUAGACUAAAAUUCAGGGUAAUAAAUUGUUCUCACAAGUCAUACAUUAAGUAAAUGAAAUAAACACAAUUUCCAUAGUAAAACAUAGUGGUGGCAAUACUAUACUGCAGAGUACCAAAGUAGUUGUCGUAGUGCUAGAUCUACAAUGGACUGGGUUAGAACAAAGCAUAUUCAUGUGCUAAUAUGGCUCAAUUAGCCCAAUACAUCUGGAAAUUAGUGGCAAAUUUAAAGUUCAUGCUCGCAGAUGCUCUACAUCUGCGAGCAUUAACUUGAUUUGGUUGGUAAAGAAAAUUUUACAUAUAUUUUAGUCUCUAGCAGAAAAAGGUGUUCCUGUGACGUAUUGACUCAGAGGGUUGAGGUGCAUGCCACACUUUGUAGAUUUUUAUUUGUAAAGUAUCCUACAAAGCAAGCAUUUUGCUCCACUUGACAAUUACUUUUUUUACAUAGGUGUACAAAUAUGAAAUGUGUUUAUGUUUGUGGUGACAGGUAAAGUUUGAGGGGUUUGAAUUACUUAUUAUUCUGGAGUGGGUUUGAUAAAUUGAGGACAAAACUGCACAGAUGGUCUUCAAGAACCUCUCCACCUAAGCUCGUUUUCCCCAAUCCUAUAAAAGCUGGGUUGAGCUGAUAAACGGGCUAAUAUGGAGCAACAGUUCCAUUGGCUCUGACAGCAGACUGAGAUGAAUCGCUUUUUCUAUCAGGAAUUAGGGUUUUCUACCGCCAGGAAGUUUCUAAAAGCAGGUCAGCGUCAUUAAGCGGACGGCGUGUGUUGCGCUCGUCUCUGCUGUCCCUGCGCACUGGAGACUCUCCCCACACCAUUCCCCAGUGUUUUGGUGCUCAGUGCUCACACCUGAAGUGACAGAGCCGAGCUCAGAGCGCACAGAGCUGGGUCUGGAGAGCCAGACAGAGGAAAAAGAUAUAUGCAGGGAGGAAGGAUGCGCGCAUAUGGCGAGAGUUGGAUGGGUUCGUUGUGAAUGAAUUUCUCCUCUGGGAGCUGCGUUUAUUUAAAAAGAAAUCACAAGCGUCUGGCGUUUCUGCGCGCUGCCCUUCCUGCCUGCCGUCCGAGGUUCUUCGAAGCACCAUGCGAGCCGGAGAGACGCGCCUUGUGCCAUGUUGAACAGCUCCCCGACCCUCCUGCUGGCUCUGACCGCGGUGGCCGCACUUCUCUCGCCAUGCCGAGGCUGGAGCGACGAGGACCUCCUCCUGCCGCCCAUCAACUCCUCCAACAGGUUCCUGGCCAACCUGGAGGUGGACGUGCGCUUCUCCAAGAGGUCCGUGGAGGAAAGCGACGCCUCGCCCGAAGCAUCCCCGCUGCAGAGCCUCGCUCCCGCGCAGUCCCAGUGCAACGUGACGGUCCACAGGCUGCUGCCCACCUCGCUGGUGGCCCACUGGGACAGCAGCUUCGGCUUCCAGUGUGACGUGCUCGUCUACACCACCAACAACCACGGCAGGGCGUUCUUCUCCGCCUCCUUCAACCGGGCCAUCUCACCCGUGGUGAUCGAGCACCUCGGGGUCACCGGGGGUCAGCAGGAGAUGAGGCUGUGCGUGGGUUGCGGGAUGUCCCGGUACCGCCGGUUCGGCCAGGGCAGGUCGAGGGGACAGCAGAGCGGGGACCAGGUGGCUUUCUGCUGCGUGGAUUUCAGCCUGGACGAGCUGAAGGGGGACAAAACUUGGAGGCUGAACAGGAAGCCCAUCGAGUCGACACUUGUGGCUUGUUUCAUGACUCUGGUCAUCAUCGUGUGGAGUGUUGCUGCGCUCAUAUGGCCGGUACCGAUCAUUGCAGGAUUUCUGCCUAACGGUAUGGAGCAGAGGAGACCCAGAUAACUGAAAAACCCCACGACACUAAAGGGCUAUUCUGCUGCAUUUAACGACCCCUGCCGUCAUAAAUCUGAAUAAUAAGGAUGGUCAAACUUCACCAAGAUUAUUUUAGACUUAUUUCAGUCUAUCAAAUACAAGUUGGGAUUUGUGAAACCUUUGUGAAAUGUCAUGAAUGAGCGAUUUUAAGGCUUAUUUGACACGAGAACGCCUCACAAAAUCACACGACCAAGACAAUUAUUCUAGCUUUACGAAGCCUGUAUUUAAUACAUAAAAACAUUAAAUACAGAUUAUGUAAAAUCUGAUUGGUUGAUUCAGUUUCUAAAAGAUAAAUAAAAUAAACUAUUUUGAGGUUUGUUUUGACAUCACUAAUUUUCGAACUGGAUCACGUUUGAUAAGUUAUGCCACAUAGACAGCUCAAACCAGGACAUAACUAUUGUAAGA